UUCCCCUCUCACUCCACUCUCUCGCAGUCAGAGCAGCUCGCCUCGCGUGCCCAUGACCAUGGCGCCUCCACCAUUUAACGCUUCCCCUUCCAUUUCUUAGCUAGGACUCAGCUUUCCCAUUCUCUCCCAAUACCAACACCACGACGACGACGACGACGACGACGGCGCCGGCGGAAGAAGAAGAUGUGUCCUCCGCCUCCGCUCGCAUUAAUUAAUGUCCAGUGCCGCACCAACGAACUGAGCUACUACUAGUGCUCCUCAACCCCACUUCCAAGGGAGGGAGGGAGGGAGGGAGGGAGCCCUCUUCCAUCGCCCGCCACCAUGCCCCCCCUGCCGCCAUGCCUCCUCCUCCUCCUCCUCCUCCUCUUCGCGUCGUCGAACCUCGCCACUGCCUCCGACGCGGACGCGCUGCUCGCCCUCAAGUCCGCGCUCGACCGCUCCGACCGCCUCCCGUGGCGCCGCGACACCGCCGCCACCUUCUGCUCCUCCUGGCCGGGAGUGCGCCAGUGCUCCCAGGCCCAGCCCCCCCGGGUCACCAAGCUCGUCCUCGAGAACCUCAACCUCACCGGCGUCCUCACCGCAUCCCUCCUCGCCCCGCUCUCCGACCUGCGCGUCCUCAGCCUCAAGUCCAACGCCCUCACCGGCCCCAUCCCCGACGCGCUCCCCGCCGCCCUCCCCAACCUCAAGCUGUUCUACCUCUGCGACAACCGCCUCCAAGGCCGCAUCCCGCCCACCCUCGCCCUCCUGCACCGCGCCACCGUCCUCGUCCUCUCCUCCAACCGCCUCUACGGCGAAAUCCCUCCUUCCCUCACCACGCUGCCGCGCCUCACCUCGCUCCUCCUCGACGACAACCUCCUCAACGGCACCCUCCCGCCGCUGCCGCAGCCCACGCUCCGCCUGCUCAACGUCUCCGCCAACCGCCUCUCCGGCGAGAUCCCGUCCGUGCUCGCCGCAAAGUUCAACGCCUCAUCCUUCCUUGCCAAUGCCGACCUCUGCGGGCCACCGCUGCGCGCCCAAUGCGCCGGCCCCGCUCCGACCGCGCCGGCGGCGGCUGCGGCAUUCGCGCCGCUCCCCCCGCCCCGCUCCAAUCGGCGCCGCCGCGCCAAGAACGCGGGCAUCGUGGCCGGCGCGACGGUCGCGGGUGUGGUGGUCCUAGGAAUCCUAGUGGCGGCGGCGGUGAUGGCGUCGCGGCGCGGGAGGAACAAGCGCGUGGCCGGAGACGUGGACAAGGGCGCAAUGCCGGACGAGGAGGAGCAUCAGCAUCAGCAGAUGGAGAAUGCACCGGCGGCGGCGCCGUCGUCGGCAGCAUCCGAGAGGGGGCGGGAGUUCUCGUGGGAGCGUGAGGGGAUCGGGAAGCUGGUGUUCUGCGGCGGCGUGACGGAGAUGUACAGCCUGGAGGAGCUGCUGCGGGCGUCGGCGGAGACGCUGGGGCGCGGCGAGGUGGGCAGCACGUACAAGGCGGUGAUGGAGACGGGGUUCAUCGUGACGGUGAAGCGCAUGCGGGAGCCGGCGGCGGGCGCGGCGGAGCUGGGGCGGCGCGCGGAGGAGCUUGGGCGGCUGCGUCACCCGAACGUGGUGGCGCUGAGGGCCUACUUCCAGGCCAAGGAGGAGCGCCUCCUCGUCUACGAUUACUACCCCAACGGGAGCCUCUUCUCCCUCCUCCACGGGUCCAGCAGCCGGGCGUCGAGCAAGGGGAAGCCGCUGCACUGGACGUCGUGCAUGAAGAUCGCGGAGGACGUGGCGGCCGGGCUGGUGCACCUGCACCAGUCGCCGCCGGCUGGCAUCGUGCACGGCAACCUCAAGCCUUCCAACGUCCUCCUCGGCCCGGACUUCGAGUCGUGCCUCACCGACUACGGCCUCGUGCCCACGCUGCUCCCGUCCCACGCCGACCUCGCCUCCUCUGCGUCCGUCCUGUACCGCGCGCCGGAGACGCGCGCCGCCCAUCUCUUCACGCCGGCGUCCGACGUGUACAGCUUCGGCGUGCUCCUCCUGGAGCUGCUGACCGGCAAGGCGCCAUUCCAGGACCUCAUGGACCUGCACGGCGAUGACAUCCCGAGCUGGGUGCGGGCGGUGCGCGAGGAGGAGACGGAGUCCGGCGGGGAGUCCGCGUCCGCUGGCGGCGCCGAGGAGAAGCUCGGCGCGCUGAUCAGCAUCGCCGCGGCCUGCGUGGUGGUGGACCCGGCGAGGCGGCCAACCACCCCGGAGGUGCUCCGGAUGGUGAGGGAGGCGAGGGCGGAGGCCAUGUCGUCGUCGAACAGCAGCGACCGGUCACCGGCGCGGUGGUCAGACGCCGUGCAGGUGCAGAUGGCCAUGGGCGUGCCGCGAGAUCAGGGAGAGCUAGGGCUCACCUGAUCUCAAGUCCAGAAAACAGCAGCAACAAACUGUAGUUACCUUACCGCUCUCCAUCAGUUCAUUGGCUUGGCAGAAAGAAUUACUCAUUCUUCAGGCACCAAUGUUCAGUUUUAUUGAUUUUUCUUUUCAAAACCAGGGCAGUUGAUUUGAACUUUGGUAGGUUUUACCAGGACAUGCCUGAUAGGAUCUGAGACAAUGCUGUCUCUUUGCUGGAUCUGUCUGUAAAUCUCUAUUUUUUUAGCUUAUUAUUGUAAACUUUUCUUCCUUUUUUUUUCUUCUUCUGAUGAGGGAAAUCAUCCGCAUAAUAUGCAUUGAUAUCUUCUCAAAUGGUGUAAAAUUACACCCUCCUUUAAAAGAAUCAAAAAAUAAAGAAGAGUGAAGUACA